UGUUGGCUUAUUUGUAAUUGGAUUGGGGGGUGGCAAAAUGAUUUUGGUUCCUUCUCUUUUUCCCACUUUGGAUUUCUCCGAUCAAUCAUUCAUAGGUUUCUGCAGAGGCAAUUGGGUAUGAUCAUGUCCCCAAACGAGAUAGCAAGCGACGCGAUUAAGCACGCUCUCAGGGCGCUGCGCCAACGCCACUUGGUCGAAGAAGGUGCGCAUGCUCCUGCUUUUCUCGCUCUCUCUCGGCCCAUCAUUUCGCAGAGUUCGGAAUGGAAAGAGAAGGCGGAGAAGCUGGAGUUGGAGCUUCAGCAAUGUUAUAAGGCUCAAUCACGAUUGUCUGAGCAACUUGUGCUUGAAGUAGCCGAGGCUAGAGCUUCUAAAUCUUCGAUUGAGGAGAAAGAAGCUGUAAUUGAUAAUUUGCAGCAGGAGUUAAGUCGAGCCAGGGACGAAUGCUCCCAGCUAAAGGCAGACUUAGAGAUGAAAAUUAAAGCUCUGGAACUAGCUAUAUGUGAGAACCAAGAAAUUAAAGCGCAGCUUGAAGCAAUGACAGUUAAAGCUAAGAAUGCAGAGGCUGAAAAUAAGAUGUUGGUUGACAGGUGGAUGUUGCAAAAGAUGCAGGAUGCAGAACGCCUCAAUGAGGCAAAUGCAUUGUAUGAAGAUAUGAUUGACCGACUCAAGGCUAGUGGUUUGGAGAAACUUGCUCGGCAACAGGUAGAUGGUGUGGUCCGUCGAAGCGAAGAGGGUGCUGAAUACUUUAUGGAAUCCACUGUACCCUCUGUGUGCAAGCAAAGAAUCCGUGCCCAUGAAGGGGGCUGUGGUACUAUAUUGUUUGAAUAUAAUUCAGGAAAGUUGAUAAGUGGGGGGCAAGAUCGAACAGUCAAAUUGUGGGAUACAAAUAGUGGAUCAUUAAGUUCCACUCUACAUGGGUGCCUUGGGUCUGUUCUUGAUCUAGCAAUUACCCAUGAUAACAGAUCCGUCAUUGCGGCAAGCAGUUCAAAUAAUUUAUAUGCGUGGGAUGUUAGUUCCGGAAGGGUGCGUCAUACGCUGACUGGUCACUCAGACAAAGUAUGCGCCGUAGAUGUAAGCAAAAUUUCCAGCCGCCAUGUCGUGAGUGCUGCUUAUGAUCGCACCAUAAAAAUUUGGGAUUUACAGAAGGGUUACUGCACCAAGACCUUCAUUUUCCACAGCAAUUGCAAUGCAGUUCGCUUCAGCAUGGAUGGACAGACCAUUUGUUCUGGCCAUGUGGAUGGAAAUCUCAGGUUGUGGGAUAUUCAAACAGGAAAAUUGGUUAGUGAAGUUGCUGGACACUCCCUUGCUGUUACAUCUCUUUCUUUGUCACGUAAUGGCAAUACAAUAUUGACCACUGGAAGAGAUAACUUGCACAAUUUAUUUGAUAUUCGAUCCUUGGAAGUAUGUGGGACAUUACGGGCAAGUGGGAACAGAGUAGCUUCCAAUUGGAGCCGAUCUUGCAUCAGUCCAGAUGACAACUAUGUUGCUGCUGGUUCUGCAGAUGGAUCUGUCCACGUUUGGUCGAUAUCAAAAAACGAUAUAGUGAGCACCCUGAAAGAGCACACUGCAUCUGUUCUCUGUUGUUCAUGGAGCGGGCUUGGAAAGCCCCUAGCAUCCGCGGACAGAAAUGGAAUUAUAUUUACAUGGAAUUGAAGUGGUGUGGCGGGGACCAACGGUCACAGUUUCUUACACGCUUCCCACUUGAUGUACAGAAGAUAAAAUUAAGUGUGAUAUAAAGUUUCUUUUCUCACCAUCUUAUUCAUCUGAUGCUAUAGCCAUUCUUCUGCUUCCAUUGUUUAAACCAAACACUAUAGUUUCAAUUAAUCAUUGAUAAAAAGCCUUGCACCAUUUGAAACUGAUGCAACCAGUUCAUGUUAUUUUACCUUGCUGAUCACUCAGUUCAUGAGUUUGUUUGUUAGUA